AGAUGCUCGGGUGUUUUUUCUUUUUCUUUUUUUGUGUGUUGAGGUGGAGGGGGAUGCAUACCCUAUACCUCGAUCUAGAUUCCCCAAAUUCAGAGCAGUAGUAUUAUCGCCAUCGCCAUCGCCAUCGCCAUCACCAGUUGUAUAUUCUUUUAGUGCUAAAUAAAAAAAAAUUGAUCCAACAUCAGAUGGAAAGGCUUUUAACGUCUCAACUGAUAACCGCACAACAAAAGACGCAGCAAACAUUAGCUUGAGUCCGAUAGCAGACGAUCGACGCAAUCUAGUUCAGUAGGUGGUAGCGUGACCUCAUGGGCCUCGUGCAGGCCACAACCGAUCCCUACGUUAUAGUUAGUGGAGAAGUUUUUUUUUUUCUUGCACGAUCGUGUGCACAUGCCUACAUAAAAUAUAGUGACCACAUAAAAGAAGGAUUAGACUUGUGUAUUGUUAUGUUCAUCACGCUGAAAGUAAUAAAAUGUAAACAAAAACAAAUAAACAGCAAGGGUACGUUAAGUGCCACAGACCUACAGAAACUGAGUAAGUACUGUUGACCCAUCUGUCGGUGACACAAAAAGCAAAGGUGGUACGUGUUCGUACACAAGUUCAAAGAUCGCUUAAUUGAUCCAAGGACCGCAGCUGGAGAAGGUCCUGAGCUAAGAUGCCAGGAAUGCUGGACAAGGUGCUGAUAGGAACUGCAGGUGCUGCAGGUCUGGGAGUAGUUGCUUGGCAGACAACAUUCCCAUGGAUCAAGUAUGAUAUUCAGCUUAUGAAGCUGGGGAAAUAUUUGAUGAAAAUACGCGAAGAAGUCAUGAAUAGCUUCUUGAUUGACUUGUUUGAGACCCAUGCAGACAAGCAGCCCAAGAAGGCAAUGCUUAUUUUUGAGGACUCUGUGUAUACUUAUGAGUUUAUGGAGCUCCAGGCCAACCGUGUGGCCAAUGCAGUACGAUGUCUUGGACUUGGCUUUGGUGACACGGUGGCCAUGAUGAUCCACAAUGAGCCAGCUUUUAUAUGGACAUUUUUGGGGUUGCAGAAACUGGGGAUCUCGGUGGCAUUUAUCAACUUCAACUUACGCACGAAGCCAUUGUCACAUUCCAUUCUGGCAUGUGAUCCCAAAGCUAUCAUUGUGGGACAUGGGCUUGAUUUGCUUCAUGCUGUCAGUGAUAUUUUAGAUGACCUGGAGGGACUUCCCAUUUACAUCCAGGGAUGUACAGAUAGUGAUGUGCCACAGGGAAUGAAUGGCUUGGACUCUCUAAUGGCACAGUCCUUACCUGUGAGGAUUGAUCGAAGUGUGCGAAAAGACAUGACCAUGGAGUCAAUUCUUUGCUACAUCUAUACAUCAGGAACAACAGGUCUUCCAAAGCCAGCAUUUAUCAGUCAAGGCAAGGGAACUGGAAUAUCUCUUGUAUUGCAAGCAGUCAAACUUUCAGCAGAAGAUGUUGUGUACACAUGCCUUCCUUUGUACCAUAGUUCCGGUGGUGGUAUCGGUCUGUUUGGUGUUAUAGAGAGAGGGGCUACUAUGAUUUUGGUUGGAAAGUUCUCUGCUAGAAAUUUCUGGUCUGACUGCCGGAAAUAUGGUGCUACCGUUAUUCAGUACAUUGGAGAGAUCUUCAGAUACGUGUUAGCACAGCCACCACAUGAACUAGAUGGUGUACACAAUAUUAGGGCAGCGAUGGGGAAUGGUCUUCGCAAGGAUAUUUUCAAGGCAGUGCAGGAGCGAUUCAAAAUUCCUUUAAUCUGUGAAUUCUUUGGUGCAACAGAAGGUAUGACAAUGCUCAUCAACAUUGCCAAUAGACCUGGGGCCAUUGGACGGCUGUCUCCACUAUUGAGCAAAAUUGAUCCAGAUGUUAAAGCAUUGGUCAAGUUUGAUUACACCACAGCUCAGCCACUCAGAGACAAAAAUGGGCGUUGCAUCAAAGUCAAAAUAGGUGAACCUGGUCUGUUUUUGAGCAAAGUUCCAGACUUGAUACGCCAAACAAAGGAAACUGUACAUGUAUACAAGGCAUCCGAAGAAGCCAAUGAAAAGAAGCUUGUUAGAAAUGCUUUUGUUGAUGGUGAUUUAUAUUUUAACUAUGGGGAUGUGUUUUCCUUGGACAAGGAUUACUUCUUGUAUUUUCAUGACAGAAUCGGGGACACAUUCAGGUGGAAAGGGGAAAAUGUAUCAACAACUGAGGUGGCAAAUGUUCUUUCUUUACUUCCUUUCAUCAGUGAUGCUAAUGUGUAUGGUGUUCAAGUACCAGGUCAUGAUGGGCGUGCAGGAAUGGCUGCAAUCACUCUUAAAGAAGGUAAUAAAAUGACAGAGGCACAGCUGAAGCAGCUGUAUCAGCUAUGUGAAGAUGACCUGGCAAGCUAUGCUCGCCCUCUGUUCUUGCGUGUUUUAAGCCAGGCAGUGCUGACAAGCACCUUCAAACAACAAAAAUUCAACCUUGUGCAAGAAGGUUAUGAUUUAACAAAAGUCACUGACCCUCUAUACUACCAUAAUUCCUCAGCACAGACAUACAGCCCAUUGACUGCUCAAGUGUUGCCAACAUUUCUACAGUCAAAGCUCUAAAUAUGCAUCCUUCAGGCUAAUAGUCAAUGGAUUCGUGGACAACAGGAAAGGAUAGAUGUGCAACUGUACUGAAGCAGUUGGUACAGACACUUCAACAAUCAUUCUCUUUACCUCAUCAUUUUCAUAUUCAUCUUUUUCCUGAUCACCCCAAGUGGAGCAUAAGGCCGCAAUCAUGUUCUUAUGCAAAACACUAAUUUCUACUCAGUACUAAUAGUGCCAAUUUAUUAACAUUUCAAGUAAUUUUGUGCAAAGAUAAUCAUGUGUUGUUAUAAAUCCAGUUAUACUUUGUUUGCAAAUUGUCUUAAUGUGAUAACACGGAGCUCUAUUUGCUCUGCUUUAAAUUACUUAGAACUAUGCACUCACAGAUGUGUAUGCAAGCUAAAUAAAUAAUACUGUUUUUAUUAGGCCAAACGGAAGAGAAGUUUUAUUACCUAAAACAUUUUUAGUCAUUUUAUUGAUCUACAAUGUCUUAGAGAAUUUUUCACAGUUCUGCAUAUAAUUUUGUUUUGUAAAGGCAGAAAAAAAAUGUUAUAAUUUACAAAUCCACUGCAGGAUAUGUUGCUGUUGUCUUUGCAGCAUUGAUCCAAUUUGCCAGAUUUCUUGUUGCAAGUUCUUUUGCUCAAUUUAUGUUGACUUCUUUGGUAUACCUUGUAUCAAGCUCAGCUGGUGCUUAUGGUGUUUUAAAUUCUUUGUCUUGGUACCCUUAUAAAAUGUCAAGUAAAGGCCAUCCACUAAUUCUUUUUUAAAAGAUCAUUUCAGGAGAGAAAUGUUAGAGACUACAACUUUUCUCUGGGGCAGCUUUAUGUGAGGGUGGUGUCCAUUUCCUAUCCCUCACUGCCUUACCUUCCCCAACCCUCUGUGGAGUUGAGUACCAAUUUAAACAACUGGAUCGACUGGGAGGGAAGUUUGAUGUGGAUGUCAAACUGGCACACCUUUGGGUUCAAAUGCCAGUGCUCUAACAACUUGUCUAUCUACUUUCCUCUUUAUGCAUCAACAUUGGAAACAUUCAAAUUAUUAUUGAAAUGGUUGUAACAAAGUUUUCUACUGAGAACAUUUUUAAUUCCUAGGACUUUUGGAAGAGAUGUGACACUGUACUUUGUUGUUCUAGGGAUGUUAGGCCUAUUAUGGUGCCUGUUUGAAUUGAUAUGUAAUAACAACAUUUGUCAGUAUAAUGAUGAAUUGUAUCAAGGUAAAGACCAUAUUGUUCUUGAGUUCUUUUGCAUGUCAUGUAUUAUCAGACAUUGUAGACCAUUAAGUCUACUUUACAAUAUAUAUUCUUAUCAUAGAGUAAGCAGCCUAAGUCUGUGGAUAAACUAAAGGCCUAAGGCUAUCGACAACUCCUGUGGGCUAGGCCUGUGGGUAAAUUUUUAAGGACCUAGUCAUACAGUUAAAAGUCAUACAGGACAUAGUCACACAGUAACUCAUAAGGGUCUAAGCCUGUGGGUAAGCUAAGUAUUACUGCUGAAAUGACAGGUAUUGUCUUUCAAUAGUUUUAUCGCUAGAAUAGUGUGGUCAGUACUAGAAUUAUGCUAUAAAUUAAUUUUUCUUUAGCCUUCAAAUACAACCAUAGCAGAAGAUAAAUUGGAAACCCACACUAUGAAGGUCAUUUGAAAUUGUUGAAAACAAAUAUGCACCAGAUAGUUGCUUUAUUUCAUUGCUUAGAGAUACACACAUAUAAAAGUAUAAUGUGUGCAAAAUGUUUUUUAACUGUUGAAGUUUGAAUUGUAUUCUUUAAUUCACAACUUCGGUCAAAUAAGAAAAUAUUUACAUUACUGAGUUAUGUCAGUGUAUUUCUAAAGUGGACUAUUUUUGUAUUGAUUUUAACUUUCCAGCGUUGUGAAUAGCUUGCUUUGCUAAUACCAGCCAUAAUCUAGCUCAUAAGCUCAUUUCAAGGCAGCAGUCAUAAUAUGCCUUUUAUUCUGACCAGUUUUAUUUUCUCUAGACAUACUGUGCAUUGAUCCUGCAAAUAAGAUUUGUAAAACUUCCUUUAAGAAUUUUAUAUGCAUUAGGUUCACGGGAAGACAAGACAGGUUUGAUAAUGGCGAUAAAAUAGUUCCCCCCACCUCACUUGCAAAAUAAGGUCAUUUUGCCCAUUUUAUAGCACAACCUCAAUUUUGUUGGGGUCUUAAAGGUAAUUUUGUUCAAAGCUAAAAUUAUUGCACAACACUAUAAUAUAGUAAACAAUUUUUUCAAUCCAGAGCUAUAUUUGGGCAUUGUGUGUUUUUUUUUUUUUAGUUUUCACUUUGGAUGAGUUAUUCCAUAUUAACAAACUCCUUGUCCAAUGGAUAUUUUUACAUGUUUAUUUAUUUUUUAAUGCAUGUCAUUCAGAACCCAUACUUUGCAUGUGCAUGUCAAAUGUAAGAUUAUACUUCUUGUGAUUUGUCCUAAAAAUAUUAAUUUUUCUUAUAUUCUUCUGUAAAAAUAAAUAGUAAUGUUCAUAA